AUGGCUGCUGCCCGUUUAUGGAAUAAAACAGAAAUGCUAAUGAAUGGCUCCAUUCGCCUUUCACUUUACAAAUCUAAAAGAAGCAAAUUGAUGGUAGCGGUAGGAGACGUUCCAGGUCCGGUUGUGAACGGAAGCAUUUCCUUCGUAACCGAAACCGAAAACGAUGAUGGGUUGCCACACACAUUAGAACAUUUGGUCUUUAUGGGAAGUAAAAAAUAUCCUUUCAAGGGAGUUUUAGAUGUGAUCGCUAAUAGGUGUUUGGCUAAUGGAACUAACGCAUAUACUGACCAAGACCAUACAGCAUAUACUCUCAAUACGGUCGGCAGUGAGGGUUUCUUCAAAGUGUUGCCUGUGUAUAUUAAUCAUUUACUUACUCCCAUUCUUUCGGACUCACAAUUCACCACCGAAGUGCAUCACAUAAAUGGCGAAGGUAUAAACGCCGGAGUAGUUUACAGUGAAAUGCAAGAUUAUGAAUCUGAAAUGGAAGACAUGAUGCUUAAAAAGCAAAAGGAACUGAUGUACCCAGCUGGUAAUGCUUACAGGGCUGACGCAUAUGGGCGAUUAAAAAAUCUCAGAGACUCGUGCACAAACGUCAAGGUGCGAGCCUUCCAUGAAAAAUUUUAUCAUUUGAGUAACAUGAUGGUAACAGUUUGUGGACGGUUGGAUCACGAACGUCUACUGGCUAUUAUGGAGCAAAUUGAAGAGGAGCACCUACCCAACUGCCCCGUCGAUUUCCCACGACCAUUCAACUUUGAACUGGUCGCGCCAACUGAAGCGAAAACCGAAAAAGUGGUUUGCCCCUCAGAUGAUGAUUCUCGUGGAAUAGUUGAUAUGGCUUGGUUCGCCCACAAACCCUCCGAUGUUAUUACUUCCGUAGCUUUGGAAGUUUUGUUCGACUAUAUGUCAAAUACGCCGAUUUCCCCUCUUCAAAAAGAUUUUGUGCUUUUGGAUGAUCCACUAGCCAGUUCUGCCACGUUCAACGUUGAUGAGCAAAAUACAUGCAUCAUCCAUCUCUCCUUCAAUGGCGUACCGACUCCAAAGUUGGACGAAGUUGCGAAGAAGUAUUUGGAGAAGACUGUUCCUGAAUUGAGUGAUCCUAGCGCUUUCGACAUGGAGCGUAUGGGAUUCUUGAUUGAGCAGUCGAUUCAAAGUCAGAUAGUUCAGACCGAGAGCAAUGCUCAUAGUGAUAUUAUUGCUCAUCUUAUUGGAUACCAACUGUUCGACAAAAAUGAUGAUGAUUUACUUAUCAAGAGAAUGGAUCCCGUUGCUGUCCUUAAUGAUUUAAGAUCAAAACCUGCUUCUUACUGGGCAUCCCUUAUAUCCGACUUAUUCACUAAGCCAGCCAUAACCGUAAUUGGAGUUCCAAAUGAGGAUCUAGUACAAAAGGUUUCUGAUAUCGAGCAGGCCAGGAUAGAAUCUCAGAAAACUAAACUAGGAGAUGACGGUUUGAAGAAGUGUGGCGAGACUCUAGCUAAUGCUAUUCAUGAGAACACAGUCAAUAAGGCAUCAGAUGAAGUUUUGAGUCAGUUAAUUGUAGAAAACCUGGAGAACUUCGAUAGCUUCGAUGUACAGAAGUUCAGUAAUAGAGAUUCGGGAAAAAGCUCUGAUCAUAUAAACGCAUUCUUAAAUCAGUUCAAGUUCCCUGCUUAUCUUCAUAAAUGUUCUUCAAAGUUUUUGGAACUUUUCUUCUUAAUUGAUACCAGCUCUUUGACUCUCGAGCAGAGAUCAUAUUUGCUUCUUUUCGCCGAGCUAUUAUUUGAAUCACCAGCUAAUAUCGACGGCAAAACAUGCUCGGCUGAUGAGGUAGCCAAACUGUAUACAAAGGAUUUGGUAGACCAUUCUAUUGAAGUUGGAAUUUCGGGAGUUCAGGAUAAGCUUUUCAACAUUACUCUCAAGGUUCCUGCUAAUAAUAAGUAUACGAACUUGGCAAAAUGGGCCGAAAUUUUCACGACUGGCAUUAUUUUUGAUGUCGAGAGAAUUAAAAUGUGCGCUCUCAAAUUGGUUAGCGAAGCUAAGGAACAGAAAAGGGAUGGAAACUGUGUAGCAGCAGCAGCGUUGUGUUGUCUCACUUAUGACGAAAAUAGCAAUGCACAUCUUUACGAAUCAAUUGUGUUGGAGAAACAUCACGAGAAGAUUGCUCAGAUGUGUACCAGCAAUCCUUCUGCUGUCCUUGCCGCAAUGGAAGAUCUUCGUAAGGCUCUCAAGUUAGCAGGUGCAAAUGUGCAUUUUGUCGGAGAUAUCGAUGCCAUUGAUAAGAGUUUGUUUGACCCAUCUAAAUGGGAGUUUGUGAAUAACCAGAAUAUCCCUCAAUAUUCGGUUGAUGUUUCGGAUUACGUGAAAGAGGAUAAAAUGGGCGUUGAGAAAGUAUUUACUGUUGGAGGCUCAGAAUCUUCUUUCAUCUAUCAAAAUAGUGUCAUUGACGUUGAUUGGAAUAGCUCUGACGUCAUUCCGACUUUACUCUUCUCUCAAUAUCUUAGUCAGACUGAAGGACCUUUAUGGCGAACCAUCAGAGGAGAAGGAUUGGCUUAUGGGGCUGAUAUUUAUGUCAAGCCAGAUCGAAGAGUUGCUUCUUUACAACUUUAUCGUUGUGCGCAACCUACUCAAGCCUUCGACCAGACUCGUAAACUUGUUAUGGAUAUCAUAGCAGCGGGUGAGUUGGAUAAAUCAGAGUUUGAAGCUGCCAAAAGAUCACUGGUAUUCGGGAUGAUGAAGAAAGAAGCAACAGUUAGCUCAACCGGAAAGCUUAGCGUUGUGAACACUUUGCGAGGCGUACCUCUGACCUUCCAAAGAGAACUCUGCGAACAAAUUUGGAACGCAAACGUUAAAGAUGUUCUAGAACGCGGAGGACCCAAGAUAUUGACCUUAUUCGAAUCUCCUAUCCGAGCGAUUUCUGUGCAUCCUCAAAAAUUGAAUGAAAUAAAGAAGGGUUUCAGUCAGAUCCAGUCAGCACCUCUGACAUCCUUACAGUAUAACGGUUCUACCAAAAGAGCUCAUUCAGGAGCGAAAGCUCAAACCAAGAGAAGAAAACUAGAUAACGAAUUCUAG